AUGUUUUCUGGCUCUGCUGAUGUCCAUCACAUGAUGACUGAACGCUCAGCACGGAGUCAUAGGGGUCGUAGGACGGUGAGCCGAGGUUUUCUUCGCACAUUUCAAAAAACAAAAUUCCAAGGCGACCCUCCUGUGAUAUCCGGUGAGGCUAAUCUACGAAUCCCUUCGGCACGCCUUCUCAAACCAACUAAAUGUUACGCCUUUAUCAAACACGAUAUGUAA